AUGGCUUCCACCUUCCUUGCUACAAUGAGCCUGGUCAUCACUCUCAUGAUGUCAGCCUCUAGUGCCACUGCUGCCGCACCUUCCACACAGAUGGUCAGCAGUGACAUUGCCACCACGGAGCAGGAGAUGCAGCGGGCGCGCUACUUCACCUUCGUCAUGCUCGUCAGGAUGGUGCAGGAGAAGAUACCACGUAACACCACCUUCCUGAUGCCCAGUGACAGGCUGCUGUCCACUGCAUCCAUCUCUGAGAGCCAGGUGCUGGAGUUCCUAUCCAGGCAUUCCAUCACUGCGCCCCUGAUGUUCAACGACCUCAUCAGGCUUCCCAAUGGAACAGUGGUCCCCACCCGCCACUUGGGUGACACGAUCACUGUAACCAACAUCAAGCAUCAGAAGCUCUACUUCAACGGCAUCGAGCUCACAAAUCCUGAUCUCUGCCACUUAGGGGAGUCAUUCAGGUGCCAUGGAAUAAAUGGAGUCAUAAGGCCAACAGCAACACGGAGAGUAAAAGCGGCAACUUGCACUCGCUACGCCACUCCAACUUCUGCAGCACCAGAGAAGACUGUGACCGAAAACCAAUCCUUGAGCACAUCUUCUCUACCAUCUCCCAACACAAGUUCUUCCACGAUCCCUGCUCACGAACCUGCAGCAGAAAGCCCUCAAAGUUCAGACACUUCUAUGUCAAAAACUGGAUUGGCUAGUACUACCCUAGUGAUAGUAUUGAUGUCUUCCAUUUUUUAA